CCCGCUCCGCCCCCAGCCCUCCCCGACCCGGACUGCAGACAGCGCCCGGCGGCGGCGCGAACAGCAGCGAGGAGGUUGGCUCUAGGCUUGGAACUCACCGCGAGUUCCCGCACAGGGCCCAGCGGGACAAGGACCCACGGCUUUGGCAGCGCUGGAGGAUGCGGCCGCAGCUCCGGGCAGCAGCAGCGGGCCGCCUGAAGCCCUGCAGGUCAGCAGUUGAGUAGCUGGGGCCCCGGAGGGCUUGAAGCCUUUUCACAGAGAUGGCGGAGAAGCGGCCACAAGGCCCCCUGGGGCCCAUGCUGUACGGCAAGCUACCCCGUCUGGAGGCCGACUCUGGACCCCGGCACAGCUUGGCUCCCUCUGCUGCUAACCAGGACCCCUGCAACUACAAGGGUGCCUACUUCUGCCCCAUGGAGGGUGCUGCCAAAGCAGGCUCAGAGCGGUUGGCGUCCUGGACCCGGUACCCUCCUUUGUAUCCUGCCAGCAUGGCAGGACCCCCGCUUCGGGAAGAAAACCUGUUGGCCAACUGUCUGCUCUAUCGCCCGCCAGCAGGAAGCUCUGAGAAGGUGCAGGACUCUGGCCCCGGUGAGCUCCUGCCCUUCAGCCCCCAGGCUCAUUCCUACCCGUGCCCCCCGCUGGCGGCACCCAAACCCGUCUAUCGCAGCCCUCUGUGUUACGGGCUCUCGGCUUGCCUGGGGGACGGGGCAGCGAAGAGGUCAUUGGAUGUUGAUUGGACACUGAUGGCUGGGCCCCUGUUACCCCCGGCCGACGCACCUUGUUCUCUGACCCUGGCUCCUGGCAAGGCUCAGUCCCUGGACGGCACCUUCUUGCGUGGCGUGUCAGUUGAUGGAUCUGGCAAAGACUCCUCAGGGGGCUUCUCCCCGUGCCAGGCAUUCCUGGACAAGUAUCAGACCAUCCACAGCGCGGGCUUCCUGGCUUCCAAGUAUACAGGUCCUUAUUCUGGGGACCCCAAGCAGUCAUUGUCUGAGGGCCCCCCCAGUCCUUGGACCCAGCUGGCCCAACCCUUGGGGCCAGCCUACCAGGACACAGUGCCUUCCCACUACCCACUCCCCCCACCUCCGCAGGCUCUGUCCUGCCCUCCAGUCUGUCACCACCCAGAGAAGCAGAGCAGCUACAGCUCGGUGCCCCCACUACAGCCUCUGGGAGCCCACAAGGGAGCUGGGUACCUGGCCGGUGGGCAGAAUAGCCCCUACCUGAAGCACCAGACAGCCCAGACACCCUGCAUGCCCCCAGUGGGGCUGGACACUUACUCCUAUCCCUCUGUCCCCCUCCCAACACCCUCACCAGGCCUUAAGGUGGAGCCGCCUCUUGCUCCACGGUGCCCACUUGACUUUGCCCCCCAGUCGCUGGGCUUCCCUUAUGCACGGGAUGACCUUGUUCUCUAUGGAGCAUCCCCCGGGCUCAGAGGGACACCACCUUCCCAGAACAGUGUUCAGGCUGUGCCACAGCCCAGUGCUGUCCAGCAAGCGUGCCAGCCCAUGAGUGCCAGUCAGCCGUGCCCAGAGCCUGUGACUGAAGUGCGGGAAACUCAGGAGACCAUGUGGCUGCCAAGCUGCAGGAAAGAACAGCUCCAGCCCCAGCUCAAAGAGCACCCUAGGGCACCCAUUGUCAUUGGAGAUAGUCCAGUUCCCCACACCCCACCAGCACUCCCAUCCUGUGCGCAGGAGCACCGGUCUCUUCUAGAGAGCCAGGGCACGCUGUCCCCUGGCUCUCCGCCCAUGCCCAUUAUCGACAACGUCUUCAGCCUGGCCCCCUACCGUGACUAUUUAGAUGUGCAGACACCCGGGGCCUCAUCUGAGCCUGACCCGGCCCCAGCCCCCAAGGACAGCCACGACCAAGACUCCCGGGAGACGCCGCCUGCCCAGGAGGCCCCUGUGAGGGGGCCUUGCUCACUGAGGGAGGAGGUGGCGCUGGACUUGAGUGUGAAGAAACCCGUGGCACAGGCUCCUCCUGUCAAGGUCCCGGACCCUGCGGUGCACUCCGAGCUUCCCGUAGCCGUGGGUGUGCCGGGCGUGGGGAGCACAGUCUCAGAGCUGCCUGGGUUGCCAGUGACCGCAGAGGCCACCCCAAAGACCAACUUCCACAGCUCUGUGGCCUUCAUGUUUCGAAAAUUCAAGAUCCUCCGGCCGGCACCCCUGCCUGCAGCCGUGGUCCCAUCCAUGCCCACCUCGGGCCCUGCCUCUGACCAGCCUGCACCCACCUCUACAUCUAUGCCCGUUGGACUACAGAUUCUCACCCAGCCCUUGCCUGUGGCCUGCUUUGACCUGGCACUGCCCAGUUCUCCAGCUGUAUCUGUGGCCGCCCCAGCCCCUACCAUGGCUCCAUCACCUGCUCCAGCCCAGGCUCCAACUCCAGCUUCUACCCCUGUCCCAGUGGACUCCCCAGAGCAGUACUUUGCAGGGCUGCACGAGUCCCUGUGUGAUGCCAUCUCGGGCUCAGUGGCCCACUCCCCACCCGAGAAGCUGCGCGAAUGGCUGGAGACGGCUGGGCCGUGGGGCCAGGCAGCGUGGCAGGACGGCCAGGCUGUGCAGGGGCUGCUGGGCAGGCUGCUGUCCCAGCUGCAGCGCUUCGUGUGCACACAGCAGUGCCCCUUCCCCCACGUCGUGCGGGCGGGUGCCAUCUUCGUGCCCAUCCACCUGGUGAAGGAGCGGCUCUUCCCGAGGCUGCCGCCCGCUUCUGUGGACCACGUGCUGCAGGAGCAUCGGGUGGAGCUGCGACCCACCACCCUGUCAGAGGAGCGGGCCCUGCGGGAGCGGGCCCUGCGGGGCUGCACCUCGCGCAUGCUGAAGUUGCUGGCGCUGCGCCAGCUGCCCGACAUAUACCCUGACCUGCUGGGCCUGCAGUGGCGUGACUGUGUCCGCCGCCAGCUGGGUGACUUUGACACAGAGGCUGGAUAUGUGCCGUCCUCAGAACCCACCAUGGCCAGAGAUGAGCCAGAGAGCCUCUCCCUGGCUCAGAAGUCACCCAUCCCCAAGGCCAGGAAGCUGGGGAGGAAGCCGCCAACUCCUGGCCCGGAGAAAGCAGAGGCAGCCGCUGGGGGACGGUCCCACAGUGCCUCGCCUGCCCCUGAUGCCGGCGCCAGCCCGGCCAGCCCCAGACUGAGGGCCCGCUGCCGAAGGCUGCUGGCAACUGCCUGGCUCAAUGGCCUGGCCCUGCCCACUUGGGGCCACAAGACCUCAGGAGCAGCCCUGCCCUCAUCCUGCCCACAUCUGUUGAGCAGCCAGAGCCAUCACCUGUAGCACCGGUGGCUGGUGCUUUUUGGACAGCUGCUGUUUGGUAAUCACUCUCUCUACCCCUCCCUUCCGCUGGCCGGCUGCCCAGGAGAGGAGGGGAUAUGUCCUUGGAGUGCUUCUCACCUGGCCCUCUUCCCCAGGUCCCCGCUCCCCGGCCAGGCCAGGCUGUGAACCCCUGGACUUUUAACUUGAGGGCCUUUUUUAGAAGGACUACUUUCCAUUUCAUCCUUAGAGAAGACAUGUGUGCUUUGGAGUUCCACCAACCAGGGCCCAGAUCCUGGCUCCUUGCUGUGUGAUUGGCAAGUCACUUCCUCCCGAGCCCUUAGUUCCUUGUUUGUAAAGCAACAACAUAGCCUACCUCACAGGGUUGUGUGAGGGUGACUCCUGGCACGCCCGUCAUGGUUCUCUCCCUGCUUCCCCAGGGCAAGGGCCCAGUUCCCAGCCAGGGCCUGGGCUAGGAGGCUGAGGCAGGCAGAGCCUCCGGAAAGUUUUUAUGUAUCACAGGACUUGGUUAUCUUGGAGUGGUACAGUGAAUGCCACACUUUCUAAAGUCAUUCCCCAGGAAAGCCUAGAGUUACAGCCCCAGUGUUUGGGCUUGGGUCCUAAACCCCAGCCUGUAGCUCCCUGAGGGAGUCUGCCACCUCCCCACACCACCCCCAUACCCCACCCCCACCCUCCUACCCCCGCUGCAGGAGUGCAGGGGUAUAGCCUGGGGCUGGCAGCCUUGUUCUGGGCCUGCUGUUCUUACCCCUGGGAGGUCCCAGGCCUGUCCUAAAUUGAUGCCAGUGACUGCCCUGAACUACCAACCUCACCUAGUGCAUUAUCCCAAGACAGUUGUAUGUCUGCUGGAAGCCGAGCAUCUGCUGCGACUAGAAGGGUCAGGCUGAGAGACAGCUCAUUGUUGAAAGGUCUCUGAAGAUGCAGACUGAGGACUUUGUCUCCACAAGCUGGAGCUCUGUCAGCCAGGCCUGCUGUGGGUUACCUCCUUGCGGUGCUAAACUGAGCCGAGUCUGGCAAGCUGGGCACUUGGCCUGGUUAAGUUUGUAACAAGGCUGUGGUCCCGGGAGAUACCGCCUGCCCAGGAGGCCCCUCUGAGGGUGCAUUGCUCACCUAGGGAGGCGGUGGCACUGGACUUGAGUGUGAAGAAACUGUGGCAGAGGCUCCCCCUGUCAAGGUCCCCAGUCCUGUGGUGCACUCCGAGCUCCCUGUAGCCGUGGGUGUGCCGGGCGUGGUGUCCCCCCCACCCCCGCAGAGGCACCCUCGGAGGCAGGCCUUUAAACAUUAAAGCAUAUGGGUUGGUUUGGGAUCUGGGAUUGGCUGUGUGUUGGGGGGUUGUAGAUUUUCGUCUUCACCAGGUGAUUAGCCUUUCGCCGGAUUGCUGCAGCUGUCCCUGCUUCCAGCCCAGAAGGCUCUCCAGCAGGGUUGCCCCAGCUAGCUCUGGCCAUGUGGGCUCUUGUCGCCUACCCACUGGGCAGCCACUUACCUGCUCAAGAAAGCCCCCUGAGACCCUUAUAGGUCCUAGUGGUUGCCGAUCUGUAGCCUGUGGCCUGGUGAGAAGUGCUGGUUUCCAGACCCAAGUGCACAUGCCUCUCGGGACCAAGGAUGUGUCCCCCAAGGUCUAAGUGGAACAGCACUGUUCCUCGCUCCCCAUCCCAGUGGUUUAUCCUGCAGAGGGACAGCCCCUCGCACACUUUAGUGGGGCUCUGUUUCCUGCAAAGGUUUGUUCUCAGGGCUGCUGAGAUGGCUUCCUGGAUGUGCUUUCCAGUCCACUUGCCCCAGGGGCCAGGCCCCUGAGGCUGGUCAGACGUGCCUGGCCUUGACUGUAAUGGGUUUCGCUGAGCUCAGUCACACCAUUCCUCCUGUGCAUAACUACAUUGUGGCUCCUAUAGCCAGAGCCUGGCCUUGCGCUGGACCAGGGUUGGAGUGGCGGCACUUGCUCCUCGUAAUGGACAGGCGGGAGAUAGGCAACCCCAGUGCAGUGUGGUCUCCACAGUGACAACCUGGGGAAAGGGUGCUGAGGAAGCUCUGGAGGGGCCUCUCCUAGUCUGGGGGUAAGAACGUGUCAUGGGUCCCAGAAGCCUCGCUGCCUGAAAUGGGUGUUGAAGACCAGCAGGACGAGGUGGGUGAAAGCUGUUGUGAAGGGCAGUGUGAGUUGAACAGUGCGGAGGCUGCGGAGAGACGUGUUUGGGAAAGGGAGGUACCCUGGUUGGCGCUCAGGGAACCCGGCAGGAGGGGCGGGGCCAGAAGACAGGGUUCCAGUUCCAGCCUAUUGCAGUUCACUCAGCCCUGGAACCUGGAGAACGGGAUGUGGUCCAUGUCUGUGGAAAACUCCAGUGUAGAAAGUUAGAGUUGAAGCUGCUUAGACAGGAUUCGGACAUGGGUGGAAUUGCUCUGAAUCUCCAGGCCAAGGGCAGCCUCACCCACCUCACUGCCAGGGUCAUACUGGCUUUGGCAGUUUGUUAACUUAUUUAUUUUCUCUUUUCCUUCUCUUUUUCCUCCCCCUGCCCCUUUCCUUGCACACCUAUUGUGCCCGUUCCCUGGCAGGCAUACAUUGAGCUGAUGUUACCAUGGUUACCGGGUGGGUUCUGAGCCUCGGCAUCUGUCCACUUGUGUCCUACAGGACCAUGAUGAUGCAGAGUCCGGGUUAGAGUCCUGCAGAGCUGGACGUGUUGGGAGGAGGCAGCUGCUCCCCAUGGCACACCUCUGCCCCGGAAGCCCCAGUCGGAGGGCUCUGCUAAGGGAAGGGCUCUGACAGUGUCCUGGGGGCCCAGCCUAAGGUGGCAGGGCAGGAACAGAGCUGCCCAAGAUUCCUGCCUGAGGGAGGCGGUGCCACAAGCCACUGCUUUCUCACCAAGGCCAUUCCGUUCUUUGGUAAGAGUGCCGAUGUCUAAGAGCCGAGGGCAAGGAAGGUGUGCUGCUGCUGUGCUCCCCACCCCUCACGUGCGUGGGCCCCACUCAGCCUUGGUUGAAUGGGCCUCUCUGGCCCCACGGUUCCCCUAUAAUUGUCCCAGGCUCCUGGGCAGGGCUGCUCCCAGAUGGGACUUCUCAAACAAAAUCACCUGGAAGAUGGUCUUCAGGGCCCAGGCAUCUGAAUUUUUAACGGAACUGCCAAAGUGAUUCUGAGGUGUUCGGGGACCUAUUUUGAGUGACUUGGACCAUCCCUUCUCGGUUACAGAUGGGAAAACAGAAGUCUAGGAGCAUGCUGACGGUCACAUUAAGUCAGGGGCUGUGUUAAGGCCCCAGCCAGUCCUGAGGGUUCUGGGCCAGCUGGGAGGCAGGAAAUGAAACGUCUGCACCAGCUCCACCUCCACCACCCAGCCCAGGCCUGCCCUGCUGGGCUUGUUCUCUGCCUCAGGUGGCCUUGCUCGGCAACCUGUGGGCCUGUUGCCCUGAGCUAACGGGAGGAGGGUGGCGCUCAAGGCUCCAGCUUGAGCGAGGCCCUGCCUCCUGGCAGCCCCCCUUGGCACCCUGGCCCAGUACCAAAGGCUGUGGGGCCCAACCAGCUGGCUCGGCUGCCAGGAGUUAAUCCCGAAGAGCUGAGUGAGACAACAGCUCUGGAGGGAGGAGGAGGGCAGGGCUGUGCCUGGGGUUGAUUACCAACACCCUUGGUAACAUCCAGGUGCUUCCUGCCCUGGCUCAUUCCCACGGGUGUGUCCCUCGGCCCCUCAGGGCCCGGCCCAACUGACCUAACUGAAUGUGUUUCUUCUGACCCCACAGUCCUCUGUAAGAUGGAAGUGGUGCCUCCAGCCCAUGGGGCAGCUCCAGCCCGGUCUGCCGCCCCUGAGGCCCAGCUGAGGAAGCCUGAGGCAAGUGGGUAGGAGGAAAGCUGUGGGGGGAGCUGCAGGCUGUGGGCACUGAGUCUACUGGCUGUUCUUCAGGCAUGUCCCUAGUAGCUCCUCUGGUCCCCAACCCCAGGAGGAGCCCCUGGCCCAACCCUCCGGGGCUCCAGGGCAGGGUGGGCGUAGCACAGCCCCUUUUAUCUCCUCCUGGGCUGGAGCUGGCAGGCAGAUGGGGAGCUCCUUGGGCGCACCGCUGUCUCCGUAGGGACACCAGCCCCCCGACAUUCUAGCCACUGCCCCUGCGAGGCUCCUGUAUCAUUGGAGGUAUACACCUCACCUGACGUGACACCCCCUGUGUUUCUCUGGUCUGCUCAUUGUGCCCCCAGCGCCCCCGCCUCUGUCCUGGAGAGACCCAACUCUCAAGCCCCAGUGUCUUCCUGGGGGCAGUGGGAAGGGGGUGUGCUCCUGGGAAGGGGGUGUUGAGACCCUGAGUCCCUUGGAAGGACCUGAAGAGGCCCCUGGUGGGCCUUAAGAUUCCCAGGCCUGGUAGGGGGUCCCUUGCUUUCUCCAGUAGCCAUGGGAUAGUUAUGUACGGACCCUUUUCUUCUCAGAUGGGGCAGUGGGGCCAAGGCAGGCCCCUCUCCAAGCCCUCACUGUAGCUCCCAGCUCCUCUCCUACUUGAAGUUCAGAGCCUGGGAUUCAAAGUAGGGCUGCUAUUUGUCCUCAGAUCCUACAAACCUCCCUGACCCAACUCUCACCCUGGCAGAGGGCCAGGGCUCUGCCAGUCCUUUGUCUGCUGAACUCGGUCCUUCUUCUUGAGUGUCCUCAAGUGAAGUCUAGGCUCCUAUCCACCGUGAGUGGGCAAGAUACCCUGGAGACUGCUCCUACUCAAGGGGACCUGGGUCCCCCCAAGACCUGGGCCCUGCCUGCCUGUUCAUGAUUCUUGGCACUUCCCCCAUGUGGGAGAGCCAGGGUGGACCUGUCCAACCUUUCCUACCCUUGAGCUUGCCACCUGUAGCCCUCAGAACAUUACCAGGACCCAGCUUACAGAGGCCAGGUCUUCCUUACCCCUGCCUACCACUACCCAGUGUCCUCAAGUCCCGCAGGUGGCAGGGGUCCCCGGCUACUACAGGACUGGUCCUCACUGGAUCUGCCUGGUGCUUCUUCAACACUGACUCCAGCUCACUGGGUGUGGCGGUUCCCUGGCUUCUGGAGCCAAGUCCUUUCCAGCUGUUGCCAUCGUGGAGCCUUCUUCCGCACCUGUGAGUGCUAUUUCACCUGGAGUUAGCUUACCCCUCUCCCUGCCUCAUGGGGACUGCUGGCCCCAUACCCCUGGUCUCCUCCAGCGUUCUCAGGACUGGUGGGGAGCCUUCUCCUGGCUCAGCGGGUGCCACACUCUGUACAACAGGCUUUCUGAGAAGCCCCAGCAGGUAGCCCUGUUCUCUUGUAGCCCUCAGGCCCAUCUGUGAUGGGGGCUCCAACCCUCCAGCUGAGCCCACCCCUGCAAAGGAGGUGCUGAGGCUGCUGUACCUUGCUCACUGGCCUCCCUCCCAGGAUCCCCUCUGGAGCCUGCUGUUGAGAACCUCAGGAAGACAGAGCCCAAUCCCUUUUCCCCUUCUCCUAUGGGGACUUUGUCUGUCAUGGCCCCUGACUGCUGGGGGACCCAUGCCAAGGCCCCGACCCACAGCCCCUUCCUUACUGACUACUGCCCUUUCCACAGGGUGGACCCUUAACUUCCUGGACAGAGGCAUAAUAACCCUCAAAAUGUUCUUCUCAAGCAGAUAGACUGCUUGGCACCAGGCUUUGGCUAGCUGGGCUGAGCUGGGCAGCAGGAGUGUCUCCAAGGCUACCUGGACAGCAGGACUCCCCCACAGUCCUGAGGAACCAAUGCUCACAGCCCCUGCCAUGUUCCUGCUGGGGGUGUCCCACCCCAAGACCCAGCUCCCCUCCCACCAUGGCUGCUGAGAAUCCCCCAUCCUGACUCACCCUAGGGGUUGUAGAGACCACCGCAAGAGACCACAGACAGCUGGAAAGAGUGCCCAAUGUUUCUGCACCCCAUUAUAUGGAGCUAACUUUGGCAGGAGGGAACAUGGACUGUGGGAAGACUGCAGGUCCCCCUUUCCCUGCCCGUGGUGGGCAGGCCCUCAGCUUGAGAGUCUAACCAGAGACGGAACUGCCCUAGUCCAGGCCCAGUUUUCCCUCAAGCAGAGCCCCCUGUAUGUUUGUCUUCCCAGCGGGCCGCAGGCCCAGAGCCCCAGUGAUGUCUGGGUGGCCUGUGUCCCAUCCACUGUGCCCUCUGCCCCCGAAGGGAGUCUGGCUCUACUCCUGGCCUGGAACUUCGUAUGAACCCUGAAAAAGAAGACACCUUUGUCCCACCAAGAAAAGCUCCUGGUGGCUAACUGCACUUAAAUUAAAAAAAACAAAACCCAGAGCCUAUCAGCCAUUGCUACACAGGGGCCUCAAAUAAAGUGCACCUCAGGGAGAGGUCUGCACUGAAAUGCCUGCCUUCACUAUUUCUGCCACCUGAGCCGGCCCUUACGGAGGAAUUCUUAGAGUCCUAUUUCAGCCAGUAGGACUGAGGCUUUCCCCAUCCAAACUGAGCUGGGCAGCAGUGAUCAUUCUGAGUAGCUCCAUUCUGAAUAAUCAGGAAAGUGUUUUUUGGACCAAUCAAACUGUGAGGAUUUGGACUCCUCAUUUGCAUGAGGACACACUAAUCAGGGAUGGGGGCAGGGACUUCUGUCUAUGUAAGCCAGCUUCCCUCUGACUUUGGUAGUGCACGUUUCCUUUCCACCAAAGACUGAAGACUGUUUCCCUGACUGAGUUGGAACACUGAACAUGUCUCCCUGGAGCAGAGCCGAGCAGAUGAGCACAGGCCAGAGCAGAGUGGCACAGAACACAGCAAACACAGGCCAAAGCAGACCAUCGAAGAACAGAGCGGAGCUGUGUAGCCGGACAGGGGCCUGGCUCCAGGGCUGCCUCACAGCUGUGCUGUUUUCACAUUGGUGCUGUAUCACAGUCAAUCUAUUUGCACUGAAUAAAGUUUCAUUCUUCACUGCACCCCAACUUGGAGACCCUCGUUGGUAUUGAAUUGGUGCAAAAACCCAUGAGUUGACAUUGGAGGAUGGGUACCAUGCUAGAGGCCUCAGGUCUGACCUCGGGCUCGAGGGCACACACAAAGAGCAACACAUAGGUUAAUAACUAACUUCUCAACUGAAACAACAGGAACCAUGAGGUCGUACAAUGUGCUAAAAGAAAAUAACUGCAGAUUCAAGUUUAAUAAAUAACAAAAAUACUGUCAGAAAAUAAGGCGAAACAGCCCUGGCUAGUGCAGCUCAGUGGACUGAGCGGUGGCCUGGGAAUGAA